AUGGCGGUUGACAUCAUAGUGGGUGGCGGCAUUCUUGAGUGUCUCCUUGUAGGCUUCGUAAGUGAAGCGUUCUUGGGGACCAUGACGGCACAUCAUUUCAUGCUCACGGGACCUGAUGUCGUUCAGGACUUGGACAUCGGUGAAGGCACGCUGCAGGAACAGCUUCUGCAUGCUGUCACUGAGCUUGUCGCUAGGAUCUCGGUGGCCAUCAUUGUAGUGGGUGAUGGUCUCGUCAAACUUGAUGACAAAGUCAACAGCAGAGCCUUGCCUUGGACUGUACUGGACACUUGA